AACAAGCUAUUCACACUCGAGAUAUUUUCGUUUGCUCAUUCAUUUUGGCUAUGGCAUUGCCUUUUAUGGACUGUAACAUCACAACCACCUAAAGCUAUCAACCUCCUCAGCCUUUCCUCUUCUUUCCCAACGGUUACUUUCCCUUCCGUCAAUUCAAUUUCAAUGCCGCUAUAACGGCUCUGUUUCUCUCUCUUUCUCUUAUUUCAUUUCCUUUCUUAUCUUAUUUUCAAGUGUUUUUGUGCAUAUACAUAUAUGGUCACCUGAACUGUCAUUCCAAAAGUGCGUAGAGGAAGAGAAAGUUUGAGUCUUUUGGUGUUUAGAGAGAAACCCAGAUGGAUCUCACUUCGUUCUUGACGUCCUUAGGAACGUCUUUUGCCAUUUUCGUCAUUUUGAUGUUUCUCUUCAAUUGGCUUUCAAGGAAGCCUGGGAACACUGUGAUUUACUAUCCCAAUCGGAUCUUAAGAGGCUUGGAUCCAUGGGAGGGCGGGUCCAAGACCCGAAACCCGUUUGCUUGGAUCAAAGAGGCUCUAACUUCCACAGAACAGGAAGUUAUCUCCAUGUCAGGGGUUGACACUGCUGUGUACUUUGUGUUCUUGAGCACUGUGUUGGGAAUAUUGGUUUUAUCCAGCCUUAUUCUGCUACCAGUCCUUCUGCCAGUUGCUGCCACUGACGUUGGAGACAAGUUAUCCAUCAAUGCCACAAGCAAUGGCACUUUUAGUGACCUUGACAAGUUAGCCAUGGGACAUCUCCAGAAGAAGAGUCCUAGGAUGUGGGCAUUUCUGAUAGGCGUCUACUGGGUUUCUUUUGUUACAUAUUUCUUGUUGUGGAAGGCAUAUAAACAUGUCUCCGCCCUUAGAGCCAAUGCUUUAAUGUCUCCUCAAGUGAAGCCUGAACAAUUUGCAAUUCUUGUUAGAGACAUACCUGCUGCUCCUGCAGGUCAACUUAGAAAGGAACAGGUCGAUUCUUAUUUUAAGACUGUCUACCCCGAUACAUUUUACAGAUCAUUGGUGGUCACAAAUAAUAAAGAGGUCAACAAAAUCUGGGAAGAGUUAGAAAAGUAUAAGAAGAAGCUUGCACGUGCUGAAUCAAUUUAUGCAGCAUCAAAAAAUACUGGCAAUGCAGAAGGAAAAAGACCCACUAACAAAACUGGCUUCCUUGGUCUUUGUGGGAAUAAGGUGGACAGUAUAGAUUACUACACUGAGAAGAUCAAUGAAUUAAUCCCAAAACUGGAGACUGAACAAAAAGCUACUCUCCGAGAGAAGCAGGAAAAUGCUGCUCUAGUUUUUUUCACCAAUAGGGUGACUGCAGCUUCUGCAGCUCAGACUCUACAUGCCCAAAUUGUUGACACAUGGACAGUCACUGAUGCUCCUGAGCCUCGUCAAGUCCUUUGGCCUAAUCUUAAAAUUAAGUAUUUCCAGAGGCAAGUACGGCAGUAUGUUGUGUACAUCGUCGUGGCUCUGACCGUUGUGUUUUAUAUGAUUCCAAUUACAUUUAUCUCUGCAUUCACAACAUUGGACAAUCUGAAGAAAUUUCUCCCAUUUCUAAAGCCAGUUGUGAAUCAAGCUGCGAUUAAGACAGUGCUAGAGGCUUAUCUACCUCAAAUUGCACUUAUAAUCUUUCUAGCUUUGUUGCCAAAGUUCCUUUUCUUUUUGUCUAAGGCUGAGGGAAUCCCUUCUCAGAGCCAUGCUAUAAGGGCUGCUUCUGGGAAAUAUUUUUAUUUCACUAUCUUCAAUGUUUUUCUUGGAAUUACAAUAGGGGGAACCUUAUUCAAAACAUUCAAGACCAUUGAGAAGGAUCCCAACUCUAUUGUCACCUUACUAGCAACUAGCCUACCCAGCAGUGCAACUUACUUCCUCACCUUUGUGGCUCUGAAGUUUUUCAUUGGCUAUGGUCUUGAACUGUCCCGAAUAGUUCCUCUAAUCAUUUUCCAUAUAAAGAGGAAGUAUCUUUGUAAGACUGAAGCCGAGUUGAAAGCAGCGUGGCUUCCCAGUGAUCUUGGUUAUGGGACUAGAGUGCCUGGUGAUAUGCUCAUCAUUACAAUUGUCCUCUGCUACUCUGUUAUUGCCCCACUGAUUCUUCCAUUUGGUGUUCUGUACUUUGGCAUUGGAUGGCUUGUCCUUCGGAAUCAGGCACUCAAAGUUUAUGUUCCUGCAUACGAAAGCUAUGGAAGGAUGUGGCCUCACAUGCACGUUCGAGUUCUUGCAUCUCUGAUAUUGUACCAAGUUACCAUGCUUGGUUACUUUGGUGUGAAAGAAUUCGUCUUUGCACCAAUCCUAAUCGUACUUCCCAUCCUGUCCUUGCUCUUUGGUUUCAUCUGCAGGAAGAAAUUCUACCGGGCUUUCCAAGACACUGCUCUUGAAGUUGCUGCUCAUGAACUAAAGGAACUUCCUAACAUGGAGCAAGUUUACAGAGCUUACAUCCCACCAAGCCUGGGAUCCGAGAAGAUAGAUGAUGAUCAAUUCGAAGAUGCUCAAUCUCAUGUUUCGAGAGGAGGAUCAUUUGCCUAGUGUAUAAUAUUCAGUCGUGUAGUUUAGAAGUGAUUUAGUUUGAUUUUACUGAAACUGGUUUGGAUUUGGAUGAUUUGUCAGUUGUUUAUAACAUGUGAUUAGGAACCCCUCAGCAUUGCGUUGUUUGUAGCAUCUUGGAUAUAUUCCUUGUAAUGUUUGUCUGGUGGAAUUUCUUUUAGAGUCAUGUUUGAUGUGAAUAUGGGUCUCUACCAGGAAUUAUGUCUGCAUUACAGAUGAUUCAUCUCGUCCUUUAGAUUUCAUGAUUUAGUUUGUUA